CUUCCUUCCUUACUGCUUCGUACAGCUGUAGAGAAAAGCUUCACCCUUCGCUGCUAGUUACUUUACGGUGCGUCUGUUUAGCUCUAGACAGUCCGUAGGCGUUACAACUCACCUCUGUUACAGUUAGUAAAAGUUUCUUUACUAUCUGUUGCGUUUAGAAAGCUUAUUAUUAGUGAACGCAGUCGUAAUGGCGUCCGCUUACAGCGCGAAGGAGGAAGACGGCCACCGUUCAGGAUCCGCUGCUCCAGGUGGGUCGAAUGCUGAGAAGAGCCAGAAACCGGAGAACACGGCGUUUAAACAGCAGCGUCUUCCAGCCUGGCAGCCGGUCCUUACAGCCGGUACCGUGCUGCCUGCGUUCUUCAUCAUCGGUCUCCUCUUCAUCCCCAUCGGCAUCGGUCUCUUCGUCACGUCCAACACAAUCAAAGAGAUCGAGAUCGAUUAUACUGGUGUCGAACAAAGCAGUCCGUGCUUCAUCUGCACACAGCCCUUGGGUUUGAACUACACAUGCAAAUGCUCUGUCCCCUUCACCCUCCAAGAGUCAUUUGAGGGCAAUGUGUUCAUGUACUAUGGACUGUCGAACUUCUAUCAAAAUCACAGACGUUAUGUCAAGUCAAGAGAUGACCGACAGCUCAAUGGAGUGACAUCUGCCUUAACUAGUCCCACCAAAGACUGCACGCCAUACAAUUUAAAUAAUGACCUGCCAAUUGCACCAUGUGGUGCUAUUGCCAACAGUCUUUUUAAUGACACGCUUGAGCUGUUUUAUAUCCAAGACAAUGGGAAUAAAACUCGGAUUCCUCUUAUGAAGAAGGGCAUUGCUUGGUGGACUGACAAGUUUGUUAAAUUCAGGAACCCUGCAGGAGACAACCUAACAGCAGCAUUUGAAGGUACGGCCCAGCCUCUCAGCUGGCCCCAGCCUGCCUAUGCGCUAGAUCCCAAAGACCCUGAAAAUAACGGCUUUAUCAACGAAGACUUCAUAGUGUGGAUGAGAACAGCUGCACUCCCCACCUUCAGGAAAUUGUACCGCAUCAUCCAGAAGAAUAGCGACAGCUUGACUCCAACACUUCCGCGUGGGAAUUACACCCUGGAAGUUACUUACAACUACCCGGUAGUUAGUUUUGAUGGACGCAAGCGUAUGGUCCUCAGCACCAUCAGCUGGAUGGGUGGGAAGAACCCAUUCCUGGGCAUUGCGUACAUGACUGUGGGCACCAUCUGCUUCAUCCUGGGUCUGGUGCUUGUGGUUAUUCAUUAUAAAUAUGGCAACCGCAACAACAACGCUGACAUCUCCAACUAGAUACUGAUAUUCAGACCUGCUUAUUUAUGAGUAUUUAUAACACUUUUGCACAACACUCCUGUACCGUCUGCAUCUUGCUGUUAUCAUCCAAGACUUUCAUCCUGUGUGCAUACACAGUGUCUUAUUUCCUUGUCCUAUUUCUGAUAUUUUUGUGUCUCUGCUCUGUGUUUUGAGUAUUUAUGUAUUGUACAUGAAGGGCUUGUUUCAGUAAUAUUUCUUAUUAACAUUUUGUUCAGAUUUUAAAUAAUAUGAUGCACUGGUUGAGCACUAGAGUGAAGGAACCUUGAGAUCUGGUAACACUGCAAAAUGAAGUUGAGGCAUUUGUAGUAGAUAUGUAAUAUGAAUCAGCACAGUGCAGUGUUAAUGGAGUCAUGAAAGGAAAUGCUAAACUUGGUUUCCAAUUAAUUUGUCAGAUAUUUCAGAACUGAAAGACUGUUACUAAAGAGUUCUGAUAUGUUAACAGAUUACAGACUAUUAUAAACAGUGUCCACUUCUGGGAAGCAUGCACAUUUGUAAAUGUUAUGUCUGCAUUGUUAAUCAUUUAAAUAUUAUUGCUUAGUUUAUGAGACAUGAGUGCUGCUUGGAUCUUCUGCCCUUGUUUGGGACUAUGCUGUACCUCUCUCUACGUUGACCAAAGAGAUACUGUAGACUUACCUGCUGUCUGCAAAUAAAUAUAUUUUAUUUCUUGAA